AUUUCAUUAAAAAGUUGCAUUUGGGUUUUGAACUUUUAGAGGUCGUGGAUUAAGUUUCUAAUUGUUAAAUUUGGCAAUAUACUAUAAAUUAAAAAAUUUGUAAUAUUUAAUAACAAUUUGAACUUAAAAAUUCGAUAAUGUUUGGACAAAUUGCAAGACAAGUUGCUACUGUUUCUGCUCGUAGCUUUUCAACAACAAGCACGAAUAAUCAUAAGGUAGCUGUUAUAGGAGGUGCAGGUGGAAUUGGACAACCCCUUUCAUUACUAUUGAAAUUAAAUUCUAAUGUAACAAAACUUGCGGUUUAUGAUGUCGCUCCAGUGACUCCCGGUGUUGCUUGUGAUUUAUCCCAUUGCGAUACCAGUAGUGAAACAGCAGGGCAUGUUGGCCCCGAACAGUUAGGUGCAGCUUUGCAAGGUUGUUCAGUUGUGGUUAUUCCAGCUGGUGUGCCACGUAAACCAGGAAUGACUCGUGAUGAUUUGUUUAAUGUUAAUGCUUCAAUUGCCAAAGCAACUGUUGAAGGUGUAGCAAAACACUGUCCAAAAGCUUUAGUAGCCAUUAUUACUAACCCAGUUAAUUCAUUAGUUCCGAUGGCAGCUGAAGUGUUGAAAAAGGCUGGAUGUUAUGAUCCAAAUCGUUUAUUCGGCGUAACAACCUUAGAUGUUGUUCGCGCUCGUGCAUUCCUUGGUGAAGCCCUAAAAGUCGACCCACAAAAGGUAGAAAUACCAGUUAUUGGUGGUCAUGCUGGUAUAACAAUUAUGCCCAUUUUAUCCCAAUGUAAACCAAAAUACAGUGGUUCGCAAAAAGAAAUUGAAGCUUUAACUGCCCGAAUUCAAGAUGCUGGCACUGAAGUAGUCAAAGCCAAAGCUGGUGGUGGUUCUGCAACUCUCUCUAUGGCUUAUGCAGGUGCAAGAUUUGCUGGUUCACUUCUACGUGGAUUAAAUGGAGAAAGCAAUGUCAUCGAAUGUACAUACGUUGAAUCCAAAAUUACAGAUGCUUCAUUCUUUGCCACUCCCGUAGUUUUAGGAAGAAAUGGAUUAGAAAAGAACCUUGGCAUGCCACCACUUAAUGACUACGAAAAGAAAUUGGUAGAAGCCGCCGUUCCAGAAUUACAGAAAAAUAUUAAGAAGGGGGUUGAUUUCGCUAAGAAGUAAAAGCAUAUUUUCCCGAUAUAAAUUUUUUUGUUAUUUUUCUUUUGUUAUUAAGCACAUCCACAAUCGAAAUAUAAAAAUAUUUACCACCUUUCUACUAUAACUUAUAGAUCUGAAUAAGAAUAAAGUUGAUAAUAAAAAAAAGAUUGAACCCCAUUAAA